AUGGGAAUAAAAAAAGGAUGGGGUUCAAGGGGAAUUCUUGAGGAGCUCCCAGUUGCUCCUAAUGAAGAAAAUAGUCAAUUGUCAAGAAGUUCAGUUGACUCUCAGUACAUCCCUUAUGUAGAAGAUAUCAUCAGGGAACAUAACUAUAGUUCGUGUAGCAGAUCUAAAAGAACGCACCUCCACAAGCUGAAUAGCUUCAAAAAUAAUUUGAAUUUUGAAUGGUUUAAAGUGACCGCCGUAGACGCUUCGUACACAUUCAUGCCGCGCGCUUUCUGGCGGACAAGACCGACGCCUUCGCCUCGUGAUGCCGUCAGCACGGUUCCGCCCAUGGAGGCUCCGCCACUACCGAAGCAACCAGUGGAGCCGUCUGGCCCUCCUAUCAAGGGAAUAUUAAAGAAACCCAUGCCAAUGAAAUAUUUGUCUUAA